GGGGCGCGCGCUCCUCGGCGCAGCAUGUUCCAGCCGGCGCCCAAGCGCUGCUUCACCAUCGAGUCGCUGGUGGCCAAGGACAGUCCCCUGCCCGCCUCGCGCUCCGAGGACCCCAUCCGUCCCGCGGCGCUCAGCUACGCCAACUCCAGCCCCAUAAAUCCGUUCCUCAACGGCUUCCACUCGGCCGCCGCCGCCGCCGCCGCCGGCAGGGGCGUCUACUCCAACCCGGACUUGGUGUUCGCCGAGGCGGUCUCGCACCCGCCCAACCCCGCCGUGCCAGUGCACCCGGUGCCGCCGCCGCACGCCCUGGCCGCCCACCCCCUGCCCUCCUCGCACUCGCCACACCCCCUGUUCGCCUCGCAGCAGCGGGACCCGUCCACCUUCUACCCCUGGCUCAUCCACCGUUAUCGAUAUCUGGGUCAUCGCUUCCAAGGGAACGACACAAGCCCCGAGAGUUUCCUUUUGCACAACGCGCUCGCCCGAAAGCCCAAGCGGAUCCGGACCGCCUUCUCCCCGUCCCAGCUUCUAAGGCUGGAACACGCCUUCGAGAAGAAUCACUACGUGGUGGGCGCCGAAAGGAAACAGCUGGCGCAUAGCCUCAGCCUCACGGAAACUCAGGUAAAAGUAUGGUUUCAGAAUCGGAGGACGAAGUUCAAAAGGCAGAAACUGGAGGAAGAAGGCUCAGAUUCGCAGCAAAAGAAAAAAGGGACACACCACAUUAACCGGUGGAGGAUCGCCACCAAGCAGGCGAGCCCCGAGGAAAUAGAUGUGACCUCAGACGACUGAAACACAGACCGCACCCCACCGACAUGGACAACACCGAGCACCACAGGCAGGGAGAGCAGGGGAAGACGGAAAACCCUACAAGACAAAAACAAACCGCACACACAUUCAUCGGGAAGGGACAGGGGAUCUGGACGAGCACCCGGGCGCUUUGCAGACUUCGGACCGCGAGGGCGCAGGGUCCCUAAUCCGAGGCCGUGCUGAGAUGGCAGAGGAUGGAGUCUCCUUCAUCAACAUGCGACCCUCGUCUAAAGAGGCAGCUGAGUGAGUGAGUGAGUGAGAGAGCGAGAGACAGAGAGAUGGGGAUGGGUGGGAGAGAGAGCGAGCGAGAGAGAUCCGAAUGUGGCAAAGCUGAACGCUCUGACAAGGGGAGCUGUCAGUCAAACGCCAAACCAGCAAGACGAGAUGAUUGGCAGGUAUUCCGUUUAUCGCAGUCCACUUAAAAAAAAUGACAAUAAUGGUGAUAAAAGCAAACAAACAAACAAACAACCCAAGCAGGCACAGGACUUUUUGUUUUGCACUUCGCAGUGUUUUCUCCCCAAUCUUUACAAAGUAAUUAGUAAUAACAAGCAAAAUUCCAUAUUUAGCCCCAUCCUACACCUGUUUCAAAAACUUGAAUUGCAUGUAGCAGUUGUCGGGCGAAUGGUGUCUAAAGACAAAAUGAAUUGUAAUUUUGUUUCCUUUUAAAGACAGGUUCUGUGUGCUUUUUAUUUUGAUUUUUUCCGAGAAAUGUGCAGUCUGUAAACACUUUUUGAUACCUUCUGAUGUCCAAGUGAUUGUGAAAGCUAAAUGAAGUAGCUCAGCGAUAGUGGUCCUCUUACAGAGAAACCGGGAGCAGGUCAGGGGGCUGGGAGUGGCAGGAGAGGGUGCCCACGAAGAAGAGUCAGGACUUGUGCUGGAAAAAAAAAAAAUAAUCUGAAUUCAUUCUGUUUCUUGGACAUUCCCUUUCCUAACAUCCUGAGGCUAAAAAACCCCGAGGUAAACUUCUCCUUUUAGUGGUUGGAGAAAUUGGCAGAGUUCAACCAUUCACUAGUCAUGGCCAUUCCAAACUUUAAACCUAUUGGAAAAACCGAAGGACUGUAGUUAGCAGGGAUGGUAGUGUGGCCACGGACACGCGGCAAGUUUUCAAGCACUGAGUUUCUAUUCCAAGAUCAUAGACUUACUAAAGAGAGUGACAAAUGCUUCCUUAAUGUCUUCUAUACCAGAAUGUAAAUAUUUUUGUGUUUUGUGUUAAUUUGUUAGAAUUCUAACACACUAUAUACUUCCAAGAAGUAUGUCAACGUCAAUAUUUUGUCAAUAAAGAUUUAUCAAUAU